GACAGCCAGACCCUUGCCCUCAAGUAUGCUGGGCCUGGGCGAGUUGUGGAAUGCUGUCACAGAAGUCCUGCACAUGAGCUCUGAGUUCCAGGCCUACUUGGCCGCGUCAGGCAUCCGCUCCCUGGUGGCACCACUGCUUGUCAACAUUACGCAGGACCUGGCGCGUGCUUCCUCAGGAGCCCUAGGUCUGAGCAGCGUUGUCUUGGAGCAGCUGUCCGUCACCUUCUCGCUGAUGCACUCGCUGCUCACCUUCGUCAUUGUAACUUACCCAUAUGCAGGUUUGCAUGUGGAUACACUUUUGAAUGAGUUGAGGUCGCCAUUGUUACGUUACUCACCCCGUACUUGUGGGGAUGUGAAACACCUCGUGUCUGUCAUGCUACAGUGUUGUGUGUUGUCCUCAUCAACCAGCAUAACUUAUUCUUUACCUCACACAACACAGCAGGCCCUUGAGAUGCUUGAUGAGGAGCCAGGUCCUGCUGGGGGGGAAGGAGAGCAACAUCCAGGUGAGACUGAUGGCUAUGAAGCAGACACAGAGCAGCUUGCCAACAACACCUAUCCUUCAUCAGCUAGAUCUUGGCAACAGGAUGACAAUUUGGAGUGCCCUGAGCUGGUACUGUUGGCACUGGACCUCAUUAUCAACCACCAUGAGAAGUUCCUUGAGACACGAGAGGAAGCUCAGGAAGAGGUGGGAACUGGGCCUGAAAACCACGAUAAGCAGGAGAAACACAUGCCUGAGUCCCCCUUGAAGAAGAGGGGUCAAAACCGAAGGCGCUGGAGCAGAAGGAGGAGGCUCAAGGAUGGAUCCAAAUCCCCCUCAAAAGGGUCCGGAGCUCGCAGUGCAUCAGGCGACAAGAGCACAUCCUCAGCCUCCUCGGUGUACCACAGCAUGACCUCAGAUGACGAUACGGGUUCGGACACGGGGAACUCUGAUGGGACUGAGUGGGCUAAUGAACCAAAGCCAGAGAUUCUUGAGAGUGAGAAAGUGCAGGUGAAACCAGGGCUAAGUGUAAGUGUUAGUGUAGAAAAUGAUUCAUGUGUAGAAAAUGCUUGUUCAACCAACUCCUUUGAGAAUGUCUCCUCACAAUCUGCAAAUGACUACAAGACAAGGGCUCAGGGUGCCAUGAUCCAGUCCACCUCCCAGGACGAGUCGCUCUCAAAGGGCAUGUCCUGGUCGUCUGGCGAGGCAACUUCCCCACAGCACACAGUCCACACAGGGUCAUACUCAACCUGUUGUGAGAGUGAGAUGACUCACAGUGCCUCCCUUACUCAAUGUGUCCAUGCCCUCCUCCUCCUCUGCCGCUCAUCUGCCAAUGUGUGUCGUAGGCUCCAUGCCCUGGGCUUCCUCACAAGCCUCCUCAAUGGAUUUACUGAUCUCAUCUGUGCCAACAGUGUGAUAUAUCAAGAUGUGGUCGGAACGGUGGUGGGCGUGUGGGCGGAGGUUGGCCGCUGGAGUCUCACGCCCACGGAAUUGUCUCAGUUCCUGGCUCUGUUCAAGGCACCGAACCCGCCCCUUGAAACGCUUCUGCGCGCCCUUUCUGGGGUCCUUGAGGGUAGCGGGCGCGAGCCGCAGCACGCCCUCCCGUACCCGUGCCCGGGGGCGUCCCCGACCUCGGUGUCGCCGGCCCUCGACGCCUCGCACAACUCCCUCACCGAGAGCCUGGCAUCCUUCGUCAACAUCCGGGUCCCGUCGUCGCCCGUCGUCGAGGCCAUCACCAGGCUGCACGAGAGCCACUGCAGGCACGGGAUCCUGUCUUGCGCUGCCAUCUCCUGUGUGGUGUGUCCCGUUCCACGCACCCUAGACUGGUCCCCCUAUAACUCAGGCCUCUCAAGCACAUCGUGGGUGUGCAUCCGUGACAGGACUGGGGCAGAGUCAAAGCAACGAUGCUCUCCACAGUCGAGCUUAGUCAUGAGCUACGGGUCUGGAAGUUACUUUGAGAAUGCCGCUCGAUGUAAUUCCAAUUUCUCACGGGGAGCCACGUCUACGGUAUCUGUGAGCAGUGAAGUAACCCUGAACAAGCUGCACAUCUUGUCAGUGGGGACGCAGCACCUUAUGUUCUCACUGUGGCUGGAUCCUGUCAAAGAUUGUUUACAAGUGUGCAUUUCACGAGAAGUUGAUGGAGAGAGUGUGCUCCUAAGCCAAGGUGUUGUGGUCCGGGCAGGAAUAUGUGAUGGAGAUUGGCAUCACCUUGCCUUUUGUGUUCCUACAAUCAAUGUUCGCAGAGGCGGGUCUUUAAAGGUAACAAUAUUCCUGGACUCCUUGACAUGCCAUUCAGUGACUCUGAUGGUACCUCCUGUUGGCUCCAUCAAGAAAAGUUCACCAUCAUACCUUUUACUUGGACACACAGACUAUUAUUCAGCUGAGGGUCCUCAGAUGUGCCAGUCAGUGGAUGAACUGGACCCCCUCAGCCUGCACAGGACACGAAGAGGGAGUCUGUGCUACAGUCAUUCCCAUAAACUUCUCAUGGCCAAUACAUUCCUAUUUCGUGAGCCUAUUUUGAGCCGUGAAUUGUGUCUUUAUCUCAUCGCCCUCGGAAAGGACUGUACGAGUCUGCUCCCACUUACUUCCAAGGACGAAAGAGUAUUGCUGAUGCCCUUCAUCACACCCAAGCUUCUGACAACAGGCAUGGACCUCUCUGUGAUAUAUGGACGUAUGGAGUCUGUGAUAAGACCAGCGCAGGAGUGCUUAUUGCUCCUCCACUCUGCUCAGGAGCCUUCAGAGUUCUUGUGCUAUAAGCCACAUGUUCCUACACUGCAAGACUUCGGGACCCACUACCCAACAUGUUCCACACAAACAGCUGUCAUGUUUGGUGAUUUGAACCCUGUGAGAAAUCAAGGCCCGGAUUUAGCACUGUUGCAGAUGGGUGGGAUAGCCCAUCUUGUCUAUCUGUGUGCAAGGAUGGUUGAAGUGAAGGGAGAAGAAAGAGAACAAGCUGAGGCUCUCACACUUCUCUUGCAAGCAGUUCACACUUCUCCUCACUUGGCUGCCCAGUACGCGGGGAUCCGAGGCAAUUCUCUCAUCUUCCGCAUUCUGAUGUCUCCCCUUGCAUCUCCAGGGGUGCAGGUCAUUAAGGCUCUGCUUGAUGGUUGUACUUAUCCGAGUGUCGUGCAGUACUUAGCAUGCCGUGAUGUGUACACCAUCGCCCCACAUGUACCAGCAAUGCUAGUUGACAGGGACCUUAUGGAUUCACUCAUUAGCAACUGGAAGACUUUCCUUGGGAAUUGUUCUGAGAAACAGACAACAAAGUAUUGUGUGGAUGAGAAUGGGGAAAGGAUAAGUGUACUAGGUAUAUUGCUGUCGGUGCUGAAGGUGCUGGUGGCGGAAAACCAACCAUAUCGAGACUUUAAUCUCUCUCAGUUGAGGGACAUUGAUGCUUUGGACAAGAUUCUCUUCAUGUGCAAGGAACUAGAGCUAACAACAGGUUCUCUGGAUGGCCUGUGUUCAGCUGACUUGGUGGUAAGUGUUGUAACAGGUCUGGUAGGAGGUCUGGGACCUGGGUCUUGGAGAAAUGCAGCCACAGGUCACACACAUGGGUUUUCUGCCCAGGACUCGUAUUCCUCAGGCUUUUGCUCAGGUCCUUCGGGAGUUGGCAUGGCAGCUACGCCCACAGGGAUUACCUCAUUUGGGAUUGGGUCACCUGGAGUCCGUGUGAGAGAUGUGGCAGCUGUUUAUGGUUUCUUGUUGCUAUCACAUCCUGCCCACCUUACUUACGCAGCUACAGAGCAGCAUACUGCAUACUAUUUACCACAAGUUCCAUCUUCAACCAAUAGUAGACAAGGAUCCCUUGUGGCUAUUGGGGUCGAUUUGGCAGCUGAGAUAAAUGACGUUCCUAGGCCAAGUCAGGAAAGCCAACGCCAGACCGGUGAUUGGAUUGUGAUUGGCACUAAAGAUCCAGUGCUGAAGCCACAAUCAGUAAAGAGCAGUCAGAAGAAGAGAGAGCCAGAGUCCCCCAACAAGAGCACUUCUCCAAGCUCAGGAGAGGAGGAGAAUACAGACGUAGUGGACAGUGUGAGCAACAGUGAGACUGCCAGCGAUGCGACCAUGCCAGAGGUUGAGGAUCAAGUGGAUGGUGAGGUGAUCCGGGAGAUUGAAACCGCUCUCUCUGCAGUCAUUCCAGUGGGAGAAGUUGCUCUUGCCAAAGAGGAAGAAGAACAGGAUGUAGAUGAUGGGAGUUGCUUGACGAAGGCAAAAAGCAAGGACAUAGAAGUUGAAGUGGGUGAGGAGAAGAGUGAGAAGGAGGCAGAGACAUCAGAUGAGCAGAGCCAGUACAGUAGCCCAGACGAGUCAUCUAGGAGCGAGGAAACAGAAACAGAUGAUAGGAUUCUGGGCAAGACAAGUCGUUGGACUGAGGAGGUGAUGGAUACAGAUGAGGAUGACAGUGACGAGGAAGAUGAGAGCAUAGAUAAUGACGACCACUCAUGCCUAACACAGGUAGUGGUUGGGUUGCUGGAAAUGCUGGAAAUGGUGUUGAAGUAUUCUUCUGACACCACUACCAGGACAUUGUUGGCUGAGGCUUUGUUCAUGGAUCAAGUGUUGAUCAUGUGCAACCACCCUCAGCCCAUUAUUAGGUGUUCUGUCUUCAAGCUGUUUACCGUGAUACUAGACAGGUGCUCCCCAGAGGACAUGGUCAUGCACCUGCGUCAGAAUGUUCCAUUAGUGAUGGCUCAGCAGCUGCACAAACACAGCACGAUUUCUACACAGCUAGUCACUGCUGCAUUUUCCCUUGCUCUGGGACGAUCUUUUACCUUUGAGGACUAUGCCAUUGAUAGUGACCCAAGCCUUGCUCUUCCUAAUCAGGUGGUGCUCUUCAUCCCACUGAUGGCUCUGUUGCCGCACUCAGCCCAAGACAUAGCUCUGUGCCACAACUCCCUUAUGGUUCUGUUAGACCUCCUUCACAAGAAUACCGAACUGAUCAUCCCACUCAUUCACAAAGCUCACUUUGUGGACUCACUCCUUUCCACCAUGAAGAAGUCUCUGCAUGACAACAACCUUGGCAUCAAUGACAUCACAGGUGAGAGUGAGUGUGAGGUGGUGGUGUCUGACAUCACUGAAAUCUUCUCCUGGAUCAUCAACUGCCUGGUAGCAUCACCCCAACACAAACACUUCAUGCUGAGUCUCGAGGUGCUUCACCAGCUAAACCUCUUAUGUCGAGGAGAAGCAGCCCAGUGUGGAGGCCAGGCUAGUUGUGUGGGGCACUUGCGCAGUACAGAGGCAGCUCUUUUGCAAGUCGCUCUUACACGCAUUCAAGCCACAGCCUCCACACAUCUACAUUCUAUUGGACAGGAUCUAAGUAACAGUAUUAGAGAGGAGAAGACCUUUGGAAUUUCUGGAUCAUCCAGUCUACACAACAUCAAGCUGUUUGCCACCAUGGCAGCUCGAGAUGACAGUGAUUCAGGCGUUGGAUCUGUUUUAGCCAAUUACACAACUAUACCCUUAACACACAGCUUGCACAACAUAGCUGAUCAGCUGUUCAUGUCUCAGAGCCGCAGUUCUCCAUCCCUCGUUCUUAGUAAUGCAAAAAAGGAGGACAAAGUUCUUGCCCAUUCUGAGAUAGUUGACAGAUUUAAAGUGCUGUUGCAGAAAGCUACAGAUUUUGUGUUCAUGUCUGCAUGGUCAUCUGUUGAGUCUGUGGGCAAUGAGAUGCCAUCUGGCGGUGCACCAGAAACCUUCAGCUUGUUCCUACUUGAACUCCUUUUAAGCGCAGCUGCAACCAUCACACAGCGGAAAGGCACAGCCGAUCGCACUGGCUGGGAGCGUGUAGUGUGGGGUUGCCAGGAUAUUUUGAGACUUCACCUCACACACCUCCUGGCUCUGGUCACAUCCCCUAGGACACACAUCCACACCCGGCUCAGAGCUGCUCAAUCACUGGCCACCCACUCACGAAUACAGCCUGUUCUUUCAUAUGCAAACAAGGCAAAUCCACAGUUACUCUACAAAGUAGGAAUCUUUAUGCAUGAACUGCGAUACCAGAAUGAGAACAAGUUAGAUGGAGCAGCUGUCAAGUGUUGUGAAAUGGUUCUCCAGAUACUAGAAGAUUGCACUGUUCAUGUCUUGCCUCCACCAGAGCUAUACCCACCUCAUGGAGCCAUGAAGGAGUGGAGUGUAGUCAUUGAGGAGAAAAAACAGUGGCAAGAUGAGGCAGCAAAGAUUGCAGCCCUGAUUGUCGAUCGGUGCACCAAGCAGGACAAACGACUACUGACGAAAAACAGCCAAGUCUAUGAGUCGGUAGCAGGAGAAUGCAGUCGCCUCACACGCACAGUUGUAGACAGGCAGAAUGUAGAAAGGAAAGUAGUUCUCGGGGGCAUCAAGCACUCACAGUGUCGCCAUGUCCACUUGACACACAGAUGGAGAAGCCUGAUUGAUCUCCUCACACAUGAGAGAGCUACUUGGCAUUUCCCAGAAGCUUAUCCAAGGUCCUGGCAGCUAGACCAAACUGAAGGCCCAAUGAGAGUCCGCAAAAGGCUCAAGAGAGGUCGCCUUAAUAUACAACCUCGUUACCUCAUGCCAGAAUAUAGACAGAAAUUAGACAUAGAAAAUAAAUUAGCUCCUCUAGAAGCUGUCCUUCAGGGAUCAGAGACUGAGUCAGCAAUGGCGGUCAUGAUCGAACGACUUAAUGUGAGCGAACGCAUCAUCCACAUGAGCAGUGCUUCUGUUGUCUCUCCAGGGAUGGAACAGCGAGGUGAAAUCCUCAUCAGCCGGACUGCAAUGUAUUUUGUGGGAGAACAAGUUACGAUUGACAUGAACCAGUGUGGUAGCAGCAGCGAAGUGGUGUCUGUGACGUGGCCCCUCGACAACAUCCGCGAGAUCCACAUCCGCCGAUUCCAACUCCAGGACUGCGCAUUGGAGGUCUUCCUAACAACCGGGCACUCUGUCCUGCUGGCCUUCACUGACACCCAGCACAGGAACCAGGUUAUCGGGAUCUUGAGCACAUCUGACCUUCCAAAUCUUUCGAGCAAAGCAACUUUACCUGAAGUCACCACACAAUGGAGGGAAGGUCACAUAACAAACUAUGAAUAUCUGACUCAACUGAACAAGCUUGCUGGUCGUUCUUUCAAUGACCUGAUGCAGUAUCCUGUGUUCCCCUUCAUUCUCUCCAACUACAUUGUUGAGAUCCUGAACCUUAAUGACCCAGCUGUGUAUAGGAAUUUGAAGAAGCCUAUUGCAGUACAACAUAAACACAAGGAGCAACAUUACAUUAAUAACUAUGAGAUAACAAGGCAGAUGAGUCAGAAUGCAGGAGAUGGUCCUUACCACUAUGGCUCCCACUACAGCAACUCAGGGAUUGUUCUCCACUUCCUCGUGCGCCUGCCUCCCUUCACUCAGCUCUUUCUUAGAUAUCAAGAUGGGAACUUUGACAUCCCAGACCGCACUUUCCAUGCCGUUCAGACCUCGUGGCGUUUGGCUUCCUGCGAUUCAACCACAGAUUUCAAGGAACUUAUCCCAGAGUUCUUUUUCCUGCCAGAAAUAUUCCUUAACUCUGAGGGUUUCAACUUUGGUGUUCGGCAAAGUGGGGAAAGAGUGCAUCAUGUCCACCUUCCUCCCUGGAGUGGAGAUGAUCCAAGAAGGUUUGUGCUUGUACACCGUGCUGCCCUGGAGUCACCAUAUGUGACUCAGAACCUUCACCACUGGAUUGAUCUUGUGUUUGGCCACAAACAGACUGGCCGUGCAGCUGUUGAAGCAAUCAACGUCUUUCAUCCUGCUACAUACUUUGGGUAUGAUGUUGAGAGUGGUGGAGACGAAAUAGGCCGAGAAGCGAGGAAAGCAAUGAUCAAAACAUAUGGGCAGACUCCUCAGCAGUUGUUUAGCCACCCACACCCGCCUGUCAGUAAUGCUGGAUUUGCACAAAACCCCCAGGCACCAGAAGUCCUACAUGAAGUACGAGGGCUUCGUUGGGGUUCGUAUGCUGGUUCACCUGCAGACGAUCGACCCAUUCUGGCGUUGGUGCAGUUGCUCAAAACGCCAGCUGCCUAUGUCACCAGCAUUUCGGGAACAGAGUUGCUGCUGAUGCCUCCACACACACAUCUUGUCACAGCUGGAGUAGAAAAAGGACUUAUUUGGGCAGGCACCACCAGUGCAUACAUCGUAUCAUCUCAUCACAAAGACGGAAUCAUACGCUGCCGCCGCCACAAAGAUACACUAUCCCAGCCUCUCAUUGCUGUACCACCAUUUGACAAGGUCAUGUGGUGUAGCAGUGGAAGUGGCCAGGUAUGGGUUGGUCUUGCAUCAGGUCAGAUCCUAGUAUACCAGGUGUCUCCAUAUCAUGCAGGGGGAGACCUGAAAGCCACUCUUACCCCGACAACACUGUUAGCACACACAGCUCCCAUCAUGCAUAUGUAUGUGUCUGAAGCAUUCAGUGUGUGUGUUUCAGGUGGAAAAGAUGGCAUGUGUGUUCUGUGGGACACAAAUAGGUUGUCAUAUAUCAGGAGUAUUGGAUCCAGUGGUGUUGAAGUCUCUCUCUUGGCCAUGAGUGAAACUUUGGGUGACUGGGCAUCAGUCAGUCCUUUAGGCUCUGCUGCCUCUGUUCUGCGCCUCUACACCAUAAAUGGAGCGUUGGUUGACUCUGUAGUCACCCCUGCACCUGUAACAGCAAUCACCUUCUCCUCAGCACCUGAGGGCACAGCUGUUAAUGUCAUUGCUACAAGCUUAGCAGAUGGCAUUAUUAGACUUUGGAGUGUGUGGGACCUUCGCCCAGUUCGGGAGCUGAGAACUGACAGAGCCAGGCAACCAAUCAUCUCGCUUCAUUAUACUCGUGACAACCACCACCUAUGUGGCAUCACAGAGACUGGCGUUCUGCUGGUGUGGGAAUCGUCACUUGUCAAAACCAAAAUGCCAAAGUUCAUCACUGUUCCAGCCAUUUAGGAGCUGCCAGCCAAGUCACUCUUGAGGAACAUGUCUCCAAGUCCAGUUGAAUUAGUGAAUCAGAGGAGGAAAAGAUCUUCAAAUGAUAUCAGUUCAGACUGAGAAUUAGCUUAGGAUCAAAAGGCCUACAGGCACCACAAAUGUUAUGAUGUAUAGAUGGAAAGAGGGAAUUUACAUGGAAUAAAACUGUCCUGUAGGUCUUGGUUCAGUGACCCUCCGCAUUGUCUAGCGUGAAGACAGUUUUUGCAUAUUUGUUUAUACAUGACAUUUUUUGUUGAGACAGAUUUUUUUUUACAGUCUCUCUCUCUUAUACUAUUUUCCUAUAUUAUUUAGGAUCAGAGUAGAAUUGUAAAUAAAGUCCAUUAUUUUAAAUGCUUUCCUUUUAUAUAUAUAUAUUUUUUUCAUUUUUCUUUUUUUUUCUUCUUUUUUUUAAAUGGUUUUAUUUUCUACAGUAUUAGUAUUGCUAGUCACAAGGUCACACUGUAGAUUGAAGUGACUGUCGCAAAGAGAUUCAUGGCCAUGUAGACAAAAUGGAUGAGUGGCAUCAGUUUGUCGUAUUAUCCCAUUUCAAGUUUUCUUUUGAUAGAGCAUCCAGAUCUUAUGAUAUGCUUUUGUUCUGUUGUCUUUCUAACUUUUUUUUUUCUCUUUAGGUAUUGUAAAACAAAAAGAUGAAAAAUUCAGCACAAUAAGCCAUAACAGUGAGAAAUUUCAUGACUUCUUUUCAUUUAAACAUAACAAGCACAUGGAUUAGAAAAAUUGUACUUAACAAAUUAUAAAGCAAAUCAUGCUUAGCUUAUCUAGAGAAUUUAAUUUGUUUAGAACUCAAGAAAGAAAAUUACAAACUACUCAGUACUCAUUAGAACACAGUGUUUGUUUGUUCUUGAUAAAUUUUACAUUGCAAUUGUUCUCUACCGUCCAGUAUUUUCUCAAAAAAAAAAAAAAAAAUUGAUUCUCAUUUCUCAUAUAUAGUCACAAGCUUGUAUACCUUAUAUAUAUGUUUUUUCCCUUUAUUUUUCUCACUCUUUUUUCUAAGUCAUAGGGUAAUGCUAGAGAGAUUGCACUGAUCUAUAUCAUGAUCAGUUGCUACAUUAAGGGUUUCCUGCCUUUCUGAUUCUGUUGAAAAAUACAACCAUGCUAAGCUUAUAGCAAGCAGGACUGUAAAGUUAUAGAUGGAUCUUGGUAAUUACAGAGUAUAGGGACAAUUUGCAGAAGAACAGGAAUUGUUUGGUGUGUGUGUGUGUGUGUGUGUGUGUGUGUGUGUGUGUGUGUGUGUGUGUGUGU